AUGAAAGAAGGUCUCAUCAAAAGACAGUCAUCUUCCAUUGCAGCUGAUGCAUCUAUUGGACAGUGGACCGAAGAUGAUCCAAAGCUAGACAUUGGAGAGGGCCUUCUUUAUCAUGGGCUUCUCAGAGAAAAUGAGACGGAAGUCGAGGUGACUCCUGGGAUCAAAGCUAAGGGACCACCACCAUGUGCAUUUGUCAUUCUUCCCCUUGAGGAUUCUUCAGAAAUCCCCUUUGAGGUGGUGGUGUCAGAAGUAGAUCGACAACAGGCAAAGCUAUUUGCUCGGAAAACCUUGGACUGUGAGACGAAGAAAGGAUAUCACUUCCAGAUUGCUGUCCAGGCUUGCAAUGGACAUGUAUCCCCAGGAGUUGAAGCUGUGGUAUCAGUCUUGGAUGUGAAUGAACAUGCUCCAGAAUGGUACCACCCAUCGUAUGAAGUGGAGGCUGAGGAGGGGAAGAUGUACUCAGAGCUUCUACGUGUGGAAGCAUCUGACCGGGACUGUUCUCCUAAGUUUGGAGACAUCUGCAAAUAUGAGAUCCUCACCAUCCCCAGCCCUUUCAUCAUCACUGCUGAUGGUGUGCUGAAGAACUCGGAACCUUUGACGCCUGGUGAUCAUAUCCUCUCUGUGGUGGCAUAUGAUUGUGGGAUGAAACGGUCCAGGCCAGUCCAGAUCACCUGCCAUGUGAAGGCUACCUGUCAUGUUGCUUGGAAGGGGAUAGAGGAACAAGUUGAAUAUACACCUGGAUCAGGUGUGAGGAACCUGUACCCAGGAGCACACUUGGAGCUAUGUGGAGGAAACAAGUCUUGUGAAGUCUCUAGCAUCUCAACUUCUGUCUCUCUUGUAACAUCGCACAUUGGGAAGGGCUGUGAUCGGGACACCCAUUCCCUGUCCAAUCGGAUUGCGAAGUGUGGAGGACAGGAUGGAGUUGUUGUUCUCCCCUCAUCUGGGCCUCGUCCUGCAUGGCUGGACACCAUCCCAUCUCAGGAUGAGUCUGUGUACAAAUUUGACGGACAAAAGGAUGGAGUACGUGUGCCAGAGAGCUUCUUGGAUCACAAUUUCACUCAUCAGUUCACAGUGGGGUUCUGGAUGAAGCACAAAACCCCCCAGACUGUUGACAAGCACCACAAGGAACACAUCUUCUGCAGUGCAGAUGACCACAAGAUGAACAGACACCAUUAUGGCCUGUUCAUCCGAAACUGUCGGCUCAUCUUCCUCCUUCGAAGAGACUUCUCUGAGGGGGACCUGAACACAUUCCGACCAGCUGAGUGGCGUUGGAAGAUCCCUGAGGUGUGUGAUGGGGAAUGGCAUCACUAUGGAUUGUUGGUGUCCUUUCCACAAGUGCGGCUUGUUCUUGAUGGGAAGGAAGUGGAGAAGAAGCCAGAGGUCAUUGAUGAUUGGCCACUUCAUCCCUCACAGGGCAUCAAGACAACAUUCACAAUCGGAGCUUGCUGGCAAAGUUCUGAGAGUGGGUUCCAACACAUGCUAACUGGGUACCUGGGAGACUUAUAUGUCAUCCGUGGAAGAGUUGAGGAUCCCAAAGUCCUCACCUGCCUAUCUCAGUGCAAAGAACAAAUCUCUUCUCCCUCUCAAAACACCCUCUCAUCACGUUUGAAUGAGGUUUCACUGGAUGCUGGAGAUGUGGAGGAGAUGAAUGGAAAGCUUAGAAGCAUUGGCUAUGUCAAUGACAGGGCAUACCCCACCCCAGGCUUGAGACCCAUCCGUAUCACCACACAAAUCUUGUGCAAGGGAGGAGAGACCUUAAGCAUGGAUCCCAUCCAGAGUGGAGUAAAGGUAUUGUCUCGGGGUCGUCAUUCCAUCACCAUCAGUGGCUCCACUCCUGCCCAUUACUCAUAUGAGGACAUCCGCACUGGUGUCCCUGCAUUCCCAGACAUACAGCUCUCCUCAGCCAUUGAUGGGGAAGACAUCUGGCGAAAUGGUGAGCCAGAGUCUGCAAUGGAGGACACAUUGGAAACAUGCACCAUUCACUUGAAUCCCCCAAUGGUCAGUGAUCAAGAGCAUCUUGAGCCCCCCCAUGAUCUCCUGGAGAAACUCAACAUACAUAUUGACACAUCUGACAGUGCUGUGACACUGUCUGGGAUUGCACCUCUUCUCCACUACCGGGAUGUGUUGAGGGGAAUGCAGUAUGUGAACUCGAAGCCUGCAUACUACCUUGACAGGCAGUUCCAGGUUUCUUGCAUGGAUUUGGACUCUCGCUUUGUCAGCAAUGACUUCCUGCAAGUGUUGAGCAUCAUUCACCCAACCCCUGAGUCACCUGCUACCAAUGAGGUGAAGCAGAAAGAACCACAGAAGGAGAGGAAGCCUUGGGUGGCACAUUCCCAGUCAAGCCCUCAAGAGGCUGAGUUCCACCAUCCUGAGACAUCCUAUGUUCUCCAGCCUACUAAUGGGAGCAGCACAGUGGUGAUCAUAGCUGUGGUAUGCUUGGGUGCCCUGGUGUCCAUCGUAGUGUUUGGUGUGAUUCGCAUCAGGGCUGCAACAAAGAAGUCUCAGCAUGAAGCCCUUGACCAGGACAUGGCCUGGGAUGACUCCUCCCUCAACAUCACUGUCAACCCCAUGGAUGAUGCAAAGGGACUGGAGAGUCCAGAGACUGAGUCUGACUCGGAUUCCUACGACAGUGGAAGCGGACGGGAGGAUGACGAUGAGGAUCGCGAUGGUAGAGCUGAGGAUGAAGAGGAAGAUGAUGAAGUGAAUGGCGAGAGGAGAAAGCAACGACUUCAUCAUGAGUUUCUUGAAUGGGAUCACGGUCCCUUGAAUAUCUAAAUGGGAACUUUUUCCAUGUUUCCUUCUUGGUUUUUUCUCUUCAUUCCAAAUCCAGGCAGCUCUCUCUAUCAAUGUCUGACCCUCUGUUUUAUGUGUGUGCACAAUCACAGCAACAAAGUGUUUAUCUCAUAUCAAAUGUAGAAAAGAACAGAGAGAUAUGCUGCUGGUACUGAUUGUCUCUCACAUGUGUCUCCACACUCCAUGAGUAUCAUGUGUCGUGUCCCUUCACCCCAGAUUCCAUCCUUCCUCUGCCUUUCUGUGAAUCUCAAUCCAUUUCAUUGACUUGGGGUGCAUUUUUAAUUGCAGCUGUUCAUGCUGGCAGUGCAGCACUCUUACAGUGCAUGCUGCAUUUAAGAACCCUUCCCUGAAUUUUUUUUAUUUGCUUCCAAUCCUUCCUCUGAUUGAGACCUUUUUGAUUCUAGGGAGCACUGUAGUAAUUGGCCUGGUGGUCAGAGACAAGUAGCUGCUUUGUGGUGCGUAUUUUUUCUUUGCCAAAGCUAGAUCUGCACACAAACUUGUACAGCCAAAGAGGAAGCCAUCAAGAGCUGUAGUUACAAGUCAGCAGGGGAGAAGCUAUUGCUUUGUGAAAAUUGCUGCUGCUGAGAUCUCGUUUCUGUGCCGUAGAAGUGGGAUGUCCGAGUGCCAUACUUAAGAUGCGACAAGCCUCUCCUGAUAAUAUGGAAUACUGCAGUCUUUGUUGCUUUUGGAUGUAUUGUUUGCUUGGUUGUGAGUCAUGAAGGAAACAAUCACUGACUGUGUUUGUCAACAUUCCAUUUCUUUUUCUCUCUUCCUCUGUCACUCAUACCCAAAUUGUGUCAGAUUUUCUUUCUCAAUAAAAUGGUUAAUGACUCACCCUCAA